AUGAUUCAUCGGAUCAAUAAUGAUACGAGAGGAUAUGGUGAUUAUAGUGAUGUUGGUAGAUAUGGUUCUCAAAUGAUUAUGCAAUGUCUGCUACUAACUAAUGCCAUUGACAUUAAAAGUGAAUAUGGUUGGAUUAAAGCGGCUGAUCUAGUUUGGGAAAAUGAAAUGCUCUCUGUUACCCAAUUUGAUAUAACAACAUGA